AUGAAUACCUGCAAGGACACCAAGAAUCACAUCAGUAAAUCCAAGAAGCCGAGCAAUAAAGGCCGGAGGCCAGUUUCAGGGGACCGUAUCCGUCGUGUCGAGGAAGUCGGUGUUAUUAUGCUGUUCACAUUACUCAUUUGUGGAGCAAGCGCCUUGAACCGGUUUAGUGGGUCCGUAUUCGCCGUGUUGAGGCAGUUAGUUAACUUUGAUCCUGGUGCAGGAAGCUUUGUCUACCUAGGCACACUAUAUACAAAGCGAAACACAGCUGGCAUAUAUCAACGCAGCAAAAUCUUGAUACUUUCUCUUGUACGAGUAUUGAUAACUGUGACAGGGAGUUCGCAUAGAAGUAGCCGGUUCUUGAUUGGCCAAGGUAUCUCGACGGUUUUUGGGUUUACCCGUCCGGCAUUUGACGACAGACCAGGACUGUCCCUCUUUUCGAUCUAG